CACUAGAAUAUAUGCGAAGGGUCUUGAGAAAAGAGGGCAGAGGUGAUGGAGGUACAAGAGAGGGGUUAUAAUUAUACUCUUGGUACUACUAUGACCGUGUGGACUACGCCCGUCGAAUAGAAAGAGAAGCACGCAAAUCUGCAAAUGCACCGGAUAUCCGGAUGUGCACCAGAAAAAACAACAAAAACAAACAAUGUGCCACAGAUUAUUGUCUCACACGGACAAGAUCCGAAUGAAACAGACGUAGACCUGGUAGACUAGCGCCAGAUAUCCACGCAACUGGCGAAGCCAUGUGAAUCGAGCGCAGCAAUGCACACCUGGUCUGCACCACACGGAGCUGCACAUCGGGCAAGACAGAAUCACACGAACACAAUGCACAGCAAGGUGCAGACUCGUUCGAUCGGAUUUCAUUCAGCAGAAAUGUCUGUAGUGUAGACUGUAGUGCUACUGGACUGGAUUUAGAUGGUUCAACUGACAGUCGAGUCACUGCACUCCUCAAAGAGUCAUCGAUCCUAGAUCCUCUUCACACUUCGUGGAUCUGCACUGCACUGAGACCACGAUAAAAGUAAGUUAGUGAUUUGUGAUGAUUCAUGUGUGCCAAACUUCAUGAUGCACUGAUCUGCUGAUGGUCUCAUGCUUAUUCCUUGUUCUUAGUCGUAGCUUUGUCAGUAUUGACUCUACAGACUACACACGGUCAGCGACUUGUUACGUAAGUAAGUUCGCGGUUCGUCGGUGGCCAGUCCUCGGUGUACGUGUAGGUCAGCCCUUUGCUGAAAAUCAAAAAUCUUCCUUGCGAAUGAACUCACUGUUAGUACAGUACUGACAACAUUCACAACGUGUUGAACGACAGGCCGGCGACAGUUGAGCUACAACCUGCGGACCACGUCUUAUAAUGUCGGCCGGUGCGCAAAUGCAGUCCCUGGGCCCUGCCCAAGUUCAACAGCUUCCGCUGGCCAGGGAAAGAAGCGGCUGGUUGUCUGCGGAUGAUCUCAACCAGCUGAAGCUCUCGACCACUGACAGGAGCUUGGCGGAGCGCAUUCGGGACGAAGUCGAUCAGAAGACAUUCACGGUGGGUUCCGGUAUAGACUGGCCGUCGAAUGUCGGCAUGAUGGAGACGGCCCUGCUAGAGUUCCGUGCCGCACGGGAGAGGAUGAACAGCGAUUACGACGAUGUUCUAAACGGCUUGGAGACGAAGCUGGCUGUCGCCCGAGGGGCCAAGGACACCUCGAUUCGCUCGAACGAGGCCCGAGACCAGGAAGUCUUCGGGGAUACAGUCGACGGCCGCCCCAGGCCCAGGAGCAGGACUAGGCCAUCGACUAGCGACCGUGAGGCCAAGCUUCGCGCUUUCCGCAACGAGUCGCUGGACGGUGGCUCGGAGCACGAGGAUAUGCGCGAUACUCUGUCGACGAUCAAUUCGAGCAUCGCCACUCUGAAAGCUAGCGAACUGAAGCUAGCGCAACAGGCGGAGGGCCUGCUGAGAAUCGGCAGCGGCACGAGCCAGCCGGAGUGCGACCGUCCUGACGGGGGCCGUGCGGCGUAUAGCAGUCAGAGUAGCCCACCACCAAGCUACAUCCAGUGGCAACAGACGGCGGAGCUAGCGGACGUGCAGGCUCAGUUAGCCGCCGCCGCUGCAGGUGACGACGGAAGAGCAAGAGCCGCUACCCGGGCGCCGGAAACGACAGUGGCAGCGUAUCCCCGGCUACACGACACCACUGCGGACACGCUGAUGUUCCGGGAGAUGCUGGCGCACGAGAGGAAGAUUCGCAGGCGCUGCGAGGCGGCACUGACGGACUACGCGAACCUGUGCACACGAAUGGCGUUGUACGACGAUGCGGAGGGCAUGAAAGCACGUUAUCUGCGGUUACUUAGUGCACCCCCAUCGGGAAAUGAUGACAAGAGACCUACUGUGCCCAAGUGGCAGGUGUCUGGAUAUCUUCCAGAGUGGAUCAACGGCUUUGGCGAGCCAGUGAUAUACGGCAAACGUAUCUACCUCUCCUUGGCCGUAGCCGGGGUGUGGAAACCGUACUCGCUACCAGUGGACGACCUGGACGCCAGGAAUCUCUUCGAGCUGAAUAGCCCGCCGCGGAUUGGCAGGAGUGAUUCGUGUAUCAACGCUUGGAUCGUGCACGGUUCGUCGCUCUAUUGCCUCGUCCACCCGAACGAUCCGACGGACGACUACCCCCGUCUGUACCGCUACUGGAAUGGCCUCUAUCAUUACCUGUGCGAGUUGCCUGAGCGAGUGCACGCGUACUGCGCCGGUGUCAACGGCUCUCAGCUGUUCGUCGUCGGCGGUCGCUACUACUCGGCCAGCGGCAUGUCCGGAGUGUCCUCGUCCGUGCAUGCGCUCUCGCUGCGCGACGACGAUCUGACGGGGCGCUUUGCCAGCCGGGAGCCCGUCUGGGACCGCUGGCCCAACACGCCUAAGCCAGGCGCCUGCGGCAUUCUUCUUCCCGCUGAGCCAGUGUUCCACCUGCUGGGCCGCUGGGAAGACGACGGCGGCGCGACGCCCAGGACGUCCAAGAGCUCGUCCCUCGCCGUCGAGCCAUCCAGAACGCGGAAGACGGCCGCCGGCUCCCACAUCCGCGCCGCCGCCGAGUCUAGCUGGAUGAACUCAAGCAUACCGACCGUCCCGGCCACCAUGUUCGCCGCUGUGCAGGUGAACGGCAGCAUGAUCACCUGCGGUGGCAUGCAGACGCGCCGUCCUAACGGUCGCGACACCGUCCAGCAAGUCACCGGCAACUGCAACGUGCUGGUCAAGGGCUACUGGCGACCGCUGCCGCCGCUGAGAGAGCCGCGCUACUACGCUCGCGUCCUCCUCUACAAGAACACGCUCAUCUGCAUCGGCGGCUGGCGCAAGAGCAAGGACUUUGUCAGGCAAAUCGAAACGCUGGAGCUCUGAGCGCCCCAAGCCUGCAGGAACACUGCGGAAUGUAUUAUUGGCAGUCUACAGGGGCAAUCGAUUGUUUUCUCAUCUGUAUCGGCGACUGGCGGAACAGCAAGGACCUUUUCAGGCAAAUCGAAACACUGGAGCUCUGAGCCCCCCACGCACGCUGUAUUUAAAACACUGCGGAAUAUAGUAUUGACAGUCUGCAGUGUCAAUCGAUUGCCUUCGACACACUGAUAACGGUUUUCGUCCCACUGUAUACCUGCCAACGUAAGAACUCGGUGCUGCUACCUGGCUAUGAUUAUGGUGUGUCUCGUACUGUGUGAUUCUAAAUUCCUCUCGCUGAAUCUGCUGCGGGAGAUGCCCGUACAACGACCGUGUGCACAAGACACACGCUUCUUUCUAAUGAUUUGCUCCCAUUCGGACAUAUCCGAGAGGCGCUCUCUUAUCUAUAUAUACUUGUAAAAGGACUGGCUGUGUAUGUAUGUAUGUAUGUAUGUGGCUUAUUUUCUUCUCAACCAAUGGUCGGUGGUUUGCGAUGUUCUUCUGGACUGCCUACCGUAGUCACGCAUUCUACAUUGCUCGCCUAUAUCUGUAACGACAAGAGUCCAUAACGGCCGGGUUCCACUGCGGCUCCGCUGCUCGUCA